CCGCAGCCUCCCCGCCGCGCCCGCGCCCGCGCCCGCACCCGCGCCCCCCGGCAUGGAGCCCCCCGCGCCCCGCCGCCGCCGCCACACCCACCAGCGCGGCUACGCCGUCACCAGGAACCCGCACCUCAACAAGGACUUAGCCUUCACCCUGGAAGAAAGGCAGCAGCUGAACAUUCACGGGUUGUUGCCACCUAGCUUCAUUGGUCAGGAUGUACAAGUCCUUCGGAUAAUGAAAAAUUUUGAGCGUCUGACCACUGAUUUUGACAGGUAUCUUCUCUUAAUGGAUCUUCAAGACAGAAAUGAAAAGCUCUUCUACAGAGUGCUGAUGUCUGAUGUCGAGAAAUUCAUGCCCAUCGUUUAUACGCCCACCGUGGGUCUGGCUUGCCAGCAAUAUAGUUUAGCAUUUCGAAAGCCGAGAGGCCUCUUCAUCAGUAUCCACGAUCAAGGACAUAUUGCGUCCGUUCUUAAUGCAUGGCCAGAAGAUCAUAUCAAGGCCAUUGUGGUGACUGAUGGAGAACGCAUUCUUGGCUUGGGAGACCUUGGCUGCAAUGGAAUGGGCAUCCCCGUGGGGAAACUGGCUCUCUACACAGCUUGUGGAGGGAUGAACCCUCAAGAAUGCCUGCCUAUCACUCUAGACGUGGGAACAGAAAACGAGGAGUUACUUAAGGAUCCGCUGUACAUUGGACUCCGACAGAGAAGAGUGAGAGGUCCUGAAUAUGAUAAAUUUUUGGAUGAAUUCAUGGAGGCAGUUUCUUCCAAGUAUGGCAUGAACUGCCUGAUUCAGUUUGAAGAUUUUGCCAAUAGAAAUGCAUUUCGUCUGCUGAACAAGUAUCAAAACCGGUAUUGCACAUUUAAUGAUGAUAUUCAAGGAACAGCGUCUGUGGCAGUUGCCGGCAUCCUCGCGGCUCUCCGAAUAACCAAGAACAAACUGUCUGAUCAAACAAUCCUGUUCCAAGGAGCUGGAGAGGCUGCCCUAGGGAUUGCACACCUACUUGUUAUGGCCAUGGAAAAGGAAGGGUUAUCCAAGGAGAAAGCCUUAAAAAAGAUUUGGUUGGUCGACUCAAAAGGAUUAAUUGUUAAGGGACGGGCUUCAUUGACACACGAGAAAGAGGAAUUUGCCCACGAACACAAGGAAAUGAAGAACCUAGAAGAUGUUGUUAAAGAAUUAAAACCAACUGCCCUUAUAGGAGUCGCUGCGAUUGGUGGUGCAUUUUCAGAACAAAUUCUCAAAGAUAUGGCUGCCUUCAAUGAACGGCCUAUUAUUUUUGCUUUGAGUAAUCCAACUAGCAAAGCAGAAUGUACCGCCGAGCAGUGCUAUACACUAACCAAGGGGCGUGCGAUUUUUGCCAGUGGCAGUCCUUUUGAUCCGGUCACUCUUCCAAACGGACAGACCCUGUAUCCUGGCCAAGGCAACAAUUCCUAUGUGUUUCCUGGAGUUGCUCUUGGUGUUGUGGCAUGUGGCUUAAGACAUAUCCCUGACAAGAUUUUCCUCACUACCGCAGAGGUCAUAGCUCAACAAGUAUCCGAUAAACACUUGCAAGAGGGCCGGCUUUACCCUCCUCUGAACACCAUUAGAGAUGUUUCUCUGAAAAUCGCAUUAAAGAUUGUGCAGGAUGCCUACAAAGAAAAGACAGCCACGGUCUAUCCUGAGCCACACAACAAAGAAGAGUAUGUCCGCUCUCAGAUGUAUAACACUGAUUAUGACCAGAUUCUACCUGACUGCUAUUCGUGGCCUGCUGCAUCUCAGAAAAUACAGACCAAACUUCACUAGUAGUGUAGUAGCUAACAGUUCUCACUCCAUUAAUGAGUUCCUGGAGUCUUUGAUAAUUUAAAAAAAAUUGGAAUCUUUUAUAAUGAUUCAUAAUAUGCUAGGAAAAUUUUACUUUAACAUCCUAUUUAUGAAAAAAUAUUAAUAUACUUUCAGGUGAACAUCACACUAAACAAUUAUGCUUUAUUUACUUUCUAGUUAUUUAUGGUUUCUAUCUUAAUUAUUUUACCUUGGUGGUCUAUAAAUGCUAUUGUACUUAAAACGGAAAAACUCAUUGUUUUUACGUAGGGAACUAAUGGGAAGUCUAAAAUUUUAAUAAAUUGAUAUGAUCAACAUUAAAGCCCAUAA